AUGAGCGGCAGCGCUGACAAGUUCACUGGCGAGCCGCAGUCUCUCUCGGAUGAGAGCGGUGUCAACGAACAGGAAGUGCCACAAACAAUGGCGACCUCGCCUGUUCACACCGAGGUCGAUAGUGCAGAGGAAGACUCCGAGGUAGGACACGAAGUCGCUCCUCCACGGGCCAUCCACAAUGAGGACAACGUGGGCUAUUACGCUCAACUGCGCACAGCUGAAGAGGACCUCGCCGUCAAUGUCGCGUGCGAUGUGCGACCGCGACAGGGCUCCUCCACCCUCUGCCCCACCAGCGUCAGUGCCGGCGACGAUGUGAACUCCCCCGAGUACGAGGAAAUGGUGGCGGAGGGAGGUGAAGGCAGUAGCCCUUCAAGGUUUGUGGGUGUAGCAGAGCACCGCGACUAUGCGACCAUCACAGCGGCAGCUCGCCAGCCAACUCAAGGCACGCAGGUAGACGCAGACGUGGACGUGGGCGUAGCAGAAAAAUAUCAGCAAUACGGUGAUGAUGAUCAUGGUGGUACUAGUGCUCCUGCUGCCACUGAUUUAGGCGAGUGUCGAACCAGUACCGCUAAUGCCUCGGCUGCCCUUCAUGCAUUCAAGCACCAGCCCGUGGCCGCGACGCGCGCGAGCCUUCUCCCUCAAGCACCGCACGGAACGGCCGAGGUAACCGUGACCAUGCUUCCAAUGGGAGCUGUCACCCGACUUACGGUACCCGUUCACCGCCCGAACAUGUCCUGUCCAGUCAACGCAGAGGCUUCUGCAGCAACUCCUUCGGGUCUAAGCAGUAGCCCUAGAGACUACGUGGCACCGCACUGGGUUCUUGUUGCGAAGGAUCUCUUCGAAGGCAUCGCCAGGCGUCUCCUUGUUCACCCGCAAUCGUUUCGGCUCUUCCACCAACACAAACGCCUUCGCUUCAUGGGAACUCUCUUCCUGGACUGUGAUGUGACGAGUACCAUGGAGGGCCGCAAUAGCGCAGGCAACGUAGACGACGUCAGCAGCGGUGCCGCGGGGAGUAUUGUCAACGACCGUGCUGAGCCCAUCUGGGUCUCUAUCGCCUUCCCAGAGGCCGAGGAUGCGCACAGCGUCGGUGCUCACAGCACGGGAUUCGUGCGCGAUGACAGCAAUGGCGGGGAUGAGGAAGCACAGGCGUCGCUUAUGGCUGUGCCGGCGCACCUCUGCAACCUUGGGCCCGACAACUACGUCGCGCGGUGCAUCCGUGUGCGGCCGCACAAGUUCGAAGUGCCGCCCCAAGCCCUCGUUGACGGACAUAGGCAAGGGUACAGCUACGAUGAAGUAAUUCGUCGCAUGCAGGCCAUUCAUGACGCUCAGCAGCUGCCGGAGUCACACGGGGGACGCGGCGGCGCCGGCCCAGGUGACGGGGCAUCAACGGCAGCGCCGAAUUUUGCCAUUGUCGCUGUCCUUCAAGACGGCCCCGUAGCUGCAGAGAGAGCGUUCCUCGGCGGGUACCGCGACAAGCGUCGCCCGGAGAAGGUACGACUGCACGCCGCAACGCAGCUCUAUCAUCGCGACCUGGAUUACUCCCCCUUCGCGACGGCAACGGGCUCAGCGGCAAAUCGGUGCACUCGCCAGACGCAGACCCUCGGCGUCUCGCGCAGCUGCCAGACACGCCGGGAAGGGUGCGUUCAGACGCCGCGCGUGGACCUGCUCUUAAAUACAGCUCACGACUUCAUUGUCGUGGCUCGGCCGUACUUCACGGCAGCCGAGCUGCAGGCGCUGCGGGUUGAGAUGGCGAUUAUCAUUCAGAAGAUGUACCGCCAGUGGAAGGCGCGACGCAUCCGCGCAGCGCUCGAGGUGGCCGAGGCAGCGCGUCAGCACCGCGCUGGGGAACGUCAGCGCCGGGAGGAGGCACUGCAGAAGGCGGUGGAGGACGCCGCCCAGUUGCGCCGCGAUGACCCGCGCAGCGCUGCUGACUUUGAGCGCGUGAAGCAGGACAUCUUCAACUGGCGCGCCGACGAGGCGGCGCGAAUCCAGCGCGACCCGUCGCUAUCACCGACUGAAAUCAGGGCGGCGCUGCUGGCGCUCACGGAGACGGAGCUGCAGCUCCUUCAGCAGCUCGACCAGCGCCGUCGCGAGGUCGGCAAGACGCAGCAGGAAAAGCGCUUCAUGCAGACGCUGAAUCGAAUGGCCGCCCCCAAGCAGUGGGGCACCGUGCACGUGAGCACCCCCGAAACACAGCGCGCUGCCGAGCUGCGCGACUUGUACGAGCGACUGUGCCUUACCUCUGGAGCCUCUGCGACGACGGUAAAAACCUUUGCAGCGCUGCCAAGCCUAGCGCAAGGCGACCUUGUCUCCUUACCGUCUCCGACGUCGGCGGGACUAAUGACAAUGAACGUUGCGCGCAGUCCGCCAUCCCUCCCUGCGACAGAGACAGCGAACAGCGCCGCUGCUGGCCUCUCAUCGGCGGCGGCGACCCGGGUAGACACCCUCUUGCGUGUCAAGUGGACGGUGCGGGAGUUCAGCGCCAGCUCGGGGCUCACGCAGGAGCUCUGCGAGCUCAUCGAUCGUGAGGCGGACCUGCUGCACCGUGGCCGCAAGGAGGCGUCUCUGACCAGUCUGCGGAAGCGCAUUCAAUCCUUGUUCGCGCAGUUUAUCGAAGACCCGCAGUACAACCCGGUGGCAAAGGAAUUCGCUCAGACAGCGCACGAUCGCGUGCGCGUCAAGGCGGCUGAACUGGCAAAGGAAAAGGCGAAGGUCUGGAAAGGGCGGACAACAGCAUCCGUCUAG